AACGUACCAGAUGAGUACAUGCAUUGUUUUAAUGAAAUGGACGAGAUGCCAGUGUCUGAUCCCAUAGAACUUGAAGCGGUCCAAAAUGAAUUAUGCACCACUGUCAGUUUGGAUUGGCGCUAUUGGAACCCGACGUUAAGAAACUUAUGGAUUUAUAAGUAG